UCUUGAUUGUGUCUAGCACAUGUUACGCCUCUUUGUGGUCUCCAUGUGAACACUGGGAUCCGAGGCCACAUGACAGCAGCAUCCGUUCUGAGAAGGAGAGGCUCAGUGGGGGAAAUCACUUAACUACUAAAAUAAACAUGUUUGUGGCUCGUAGCAUUGCAGCAGAUCACAAAGAUCUAAUCCACGAUGUUUCCUACGAUUUUCACGGCCGGAGAAUGGCAACGUGUUCAAGUGACCAAAGUGUCAAGGUUUGGGACAAGAGUGAAAAUUUAAAAACACACAGCGGGUCAGUAUGGAGGGUGACAUGGGCCCACCCUGAGUUUGGACAGGUGCUGGCCUCCUGCUCCUUCGACCGAACAGCCGCUGUGUGGGAGGAGAUAGUUGGGGAGUCUAAUGAUAAACAGAGGGGGCAGAGCCACUGGAUAAAGAGGACCACUCUGGUGGACAGCAGGACAUCGGUGACGGACGUGAAGUUUGCUCCUAAACACAUGGGUCUGAUGCUGACCACGUGCUCAGCAGACGGGGUUGUGAGGGUCUACGAGGCUCCAGACGUGAUGAACCUCAGUCAGUGGUCCCUGCAGCACGAGAUCUCCUGUAAACUCAGCUGCUCCUGUAUCUCCUGGAACCCCUCCAGUUCUCGCGCCCACCCUCCCAUGAUAGCAGUGGGAAGUGAUGACAGCAACGUGAUGUACGGUGGGAAGGUUCAGAUCUACGAGUACAAUGAAAACACUAGGUCAGUCCUAUUACCUGGCUAUUACAUUAGUAGUACAAUGAAAACACUAGGUCAGUCCUAUUACAUUAUUAGUAUAAUGAAAACACUAGGUCAGUCCUAUUACAUUAUUAUUAUAAUGAAAACACUAGGUCAGUCCUAUUACAUUAUUAUUAUAAUGAAAACACUAGGUCAGUCCUAUUACAUUAUUAGUAUAAUGAAAACACUAGGUCAGUCCUAUUACAUUAUUAGUAUAAUGAAAACACUAGGUCAGUCCUAUUACAUUAUUAGUAUAAUGAAAACACUAGGUCAGUCCUAUUACAUUAUUAGUAUAAUGAAAACACUAGGUCGUCCUAUUACAUUAGUUAAUGAAAACACUAGUCCCCCACACAUUUACACUGUUUCAUUGGUUCCCAUCUUCUGGUCCCCAGCCAACUAUAUGGACAACUGGAAGUGUACAGGCAUCCUGAAGGGAGACGGAAGUCCGGUCAACGGGUCGUCAGGACAACCCGGUGCCAUGAAUACCAUGGUGGGGUCCACUGUCCAGACCUCCCAGAAUGCACUGAACGGCUCUGCUGCAGGAAGGUAGGAGGCCGCGCCCGCUGUCGGCCGGCCAGAGCUGGCGACUGACUUGCCUGCCUCACUGCUUUACUGUCUCUGGGCCUGACUGACACUGCAGCGCUGACCCCUCCCUGGGUCAACUGACACUGUGUGUUGCGCUCAUGCAAAGAGCUUGGCUUGUGGCAAGGCCCAGCAGACCAGACCCAGCACGUAGGCCUGCUCCCUGUGGCAGGUCUGUCUGCUCGUCAUAAAAGGACCGUUUGGGAGGGCUAUUUGCUACAGUUUUUUAAAUGUUCGUACAACAGCAGACUGAUGUUUGGAUUGUACAAUAAUUUAUGGUAAUUGUUUAUUGACACCAUUUUAUGUUGAUUGGAACAUGAAUGUUAUUUUGAAGAAUAUAAACAUUUUUUACAUGUUAGAUGAGUCGUUCCAGAUGUCUGUGGUCCUCACAUAAUGCCCUGGAAAUGGUCAUCAUGUCUAGACAUUCACAUACCAGGGCCAAACAUACAGGCUAAAUUGAAUAAUUGACUCUUUUGAUGUAAUCUUAUAAUAGCAUGUGUAGAAUGUUUGGAUGGCAUAUUGAUAAAUAAUAAACGUAUAUUUUCAAUAUAUAAAACAAUUACCAAAUCCCUAAUCUUUGCAUGUUGUAGGAGCAUCUGGGAUAUAAUCUGGUAAUAAUCCCUAUUAACCUGCUGGUAAUCUGCAAUGAAUCUGAAUGAAAUAAUGACUGAAGGCUGUUGAGCCAUGCUAGUGCUUUAACACCACACAUGGCUGAGUUUAUAUUCAAUAUUCCACCCUAGUACAGUACAUCAACAUUCAGUUUAUACUCCUAGUACAGUACAUCAACAUCCAGUUUAUACUCCUAGUACUGUACAUCAACAUCCAGUUUCCAGACAUUAUACUCUCUCUCCUAGUACAGUACAUCAACAUCCAGUUUAUACUCCUAGUACAGUACAUCAACAUUCAGUUUAUACUCCUAGUACAGUACAUCAACAUCCAGUUUAUACUCCUAGUACAGUACAUCAACAUCCAGUUUAUACUCCUAGUACAGUACAUCAACAUCCAGUUUAUACUCCUAGUACAACAUCAACAUCCAGUUUAUACUCCUAGUACAGUACAUCAACAUCCAGUUUAUACUCCUAGUACAGUACAUCAACAUUCAGUUUAUACUCCUAGUACAGUACAUCAACAUUCAGUUUCCAGACAUUAUACUCUCUCUCCUAGUACAGUACAUCAACAUCCAGUUUAUACUCCUAGUACUGUACAUCAACAUUCAGUUUCCAGACAUUAUACUCUCUCUCCUAGUACAGUACAUCAACAUCCAGUUUCCAGACAUUAUACUCCUAGUACAGUACAUCAACAUCCAGUUUAUACU